GCAUAUCAAGCAGGUUUCUUAGGUAAGAAUGCUUGUGGCUCUGGAUAUGACUUUGAUGUUUUCGUACAUAGAGGUGCAGGAGCCUAUAUUUGUGGUGAAGAAACUGCUCUCAUGGAGUCCCUUGAAGGGAAACAAGGAAAACCAAGGCUGAAGCCGCCAUUUCCUGCUGAUGUUGGUAUUUUUGGAUGUCCUACAACAGUUACAAAUGUGGAGACAGUUGCUGUCUCAUCUACAAUUUGUCGAAGAGGUGGUGCAUGGUUCGCCUCUUUUGGAAGGACUCGUAACUCUGGAACAAAGCUAUUUAAUAUUUCUGGUCAUGUUAAUAGGCCAUGUACUGUCGAAGAAGAAAUGAGCAUUCCAUUAAAGGAACUCAUUGAGAUUCAUGCAGGAGGUGUUAUAGGCGGAUGGGAUAACCUUUUAGCGAUCAUACCGGGGGGUUCAUCUACUCCAGUAAUUCCAAAAAAAGUAUGUGAAGAUGUUUUAAUGGACUUCGAUGGUUUGGUUGCUGCUCAAACGAGUCUGGGUACUGCAGCAGUAAUUGUGAUGAAUAAACAGACAGAUAUUAUUGAAGCAAUUGCCAGAUUGAGUUUGUUCUACAAACACGAGUCUUGUGGGCAAUGUACACCUUGCAGAGAGGGUGAGUUUAUUUUUAUCUUAGAUGAAAUGAAAGUUUCUGGCUUGAGAGGAAGAGGUGGAGCAGGUUUCCCUGCGGGAAUGAAAUGGUCUUUCAUGAAAAUACCAAAGGACGGCAGGCCGAAAUAUUUAGUAGUGAAUGCCGAUGAAGGAGAACCAGGUACGUGCAAAGACAGAGAGAUUAUGAGGCACGAACCACACAAGUUAAUCGAGGGUUCUCUGAUUGCUGGUAAGGCGAUGGGGGCCAAAGCAGCAUACAUUUACGUCAGAGGCGAAUUUUAUAACGAAGCUUCUAAUAUGCAAGUUGCUAUUGCAGAG